UUCAAACCAAUCAAAACUUCUUGUUUCAGCCUCUACAGAACUGUAAAAAUCAAUUCUGACCAGACAGGUAAAAAUGUGAUGGAUGUAAUACACUGCAAUAAAGUAUUGAGGAACAUUUCAUGACGAGGAUCCCGUUAUAAUUCACGUAAUAAAGUAAAUACACAUUGUACGUCACUAUGAUCAUGGAAUAUGUUGUGCAUUUUAGAACUUCUGGUCACAUGUUUCAAAAAGUUCAAAAGUUAGAAAAAGUACAAAAGAAAUAUCAAAGUGUCGUCUAAUUAUAAAGAUGACAAUAUCUCAACAAAAAAAUUUUAGUGAAAAGAAUGGAACAGAAUAUAUACAAUGGGAUUUACUGCUGAACCAAUCAACGAUUCAUCCAAACUCCACAAAUUCUAGCAUGGAGACCGAGUAUAACUGGGCCAUCUUACUUUGGUCUCCGUUGAUAAUAUUUGGAAUUGCUGGGAAUAUACUUGUGUGUAUGGCUAUAUCUAUGGAGAAACGCCUUCAAACUGUCACCAAUUACUUUCUGUUGUCUCUUGCUGUCACUGACUUACUUGUCUGUGUUAUAGUUAUGCCUUUUAGCAUCAUUAAUGAAUUUACAGGUCAGUGGUUGUUUGGACCAGUUCUUUGUGAUUUCUUUGUGACAGCUGAUGUCUUCAUGUGUACUUCCUCUAUACUUCAUUUAUGUACGAUAUCACUUGAAAGAUUCAUGGCUAUACGAGCACCUCUUUCAAACCGUAAUAAAUCAAAAACUGUUGUGAUAUUAAAAAUAAUAAUGGUGUGGGUUAUAGCAGUGACAAUAUCAAGCCCUAUUACAAUUCUAGGAUUUGUAGACGAGUCCAAUGUUUUGAGUGGAAACUACUGUGUUCUAAGCAACAAACAUUUUAUGAUAUAUGGAUCAAUAUGUGCUUUCUUCAUUCCACUUUUUAUCAUGAUUUUAUCCUACAGUAUAACUUUGUAUUUACUCAUACGACAGUCUAAAAAGUGUCAAAGAGGAAAUCAGAAUGGUAAACCUAUAAUGAGGAGAUCGCUGAGUCGAAAACCUGUUCAACGCCGUCCAUAUGUACGAUUUCAAUCAAAACUAACUUCUCCAAAUGGAAGUAUUGUUGGGAAUGCCGAUAAUCAGUUUUCACCAAUGAUAGGUAGAAAGCCAGGUAGAAAACAGCGAUUACGUCCCAGCUUAACUUUUCCUAUUCAAAAGAAUGCCCCGUAUCUUAGUCCAGGAGAUGUAUCACCUGACAAGGAAUGUUCAGUGUAUCAUUCACAAGAAGUGCUAAACAGUAAAUGGGAUAAAAAGGCAAACUUUAAUCUGUCAAGUCCCUCAGCAUUAUCUAGACUGAUCAAGAAACAUCAAAUGGAGCUUAAAGAAGCCAGAAUAAAAACAGAUGAUGUUCAGACUGAACAAAAAGCUUCAAAAGUCAUUGGAAUAGUAUUUAUAAUAUUUGUAGUCUGCUGGGCGCCAUUUUUCAUCGUCAACAUUACUUCAGCGUUAUGUGAUAAAUGCUUCUUUAGUCAGACACUGAUUUCAACGUUCGUAUGGCUCGGCUACUUAUCAAGCACAAUCAAUCCUAUCAUUUAUACCAUGUUUAACAAAACAUUUAAAAUGACCUUUAAAAAGCUGAUACUUUGUCAAUAUGAUACGCUUCAACGUAAAACUCGGGUCCAACGUUGGAUGUUAAGUAACGGGAUCAGUCACUAUCCAACCAGUUCCAGUACUGUUAGCUUAGAGACACCCUGCUGACGAAACAUAAAAAUCAUCUUAUAGUCAGGUACAAUUCACCUGUCAGAAGCCAAUUAAUCAUCUCUAACUGUUUUUAAUUGUCUCAAAGAUGGAUUUCCAAUAUUAAAAUAAUAUAUAUCUUCUUUAAUUUCUACUUCAACUUUAUUUGUUGAGAAAUAUCUUGAUCAAGGGUUAUCAUUAACGCAAAUAAUAAAUAUCAACAAAAAUAACCACAGCUUCUAUCUUAAAAUUAUUAAUAUCAUUGGAAAUACAUAAUUUACUGAUGGAUAGUGAAUAUCAACAGCAGAACAUCAGAUAUCCCAUUUAGAAUCUUUCAUCUUUUUUCUGUGAUCAUUGGGUGUUUCUAUCUUGAUCAGCAAUGUAACAGCAUUUAUAGUUUCUUCUGUUCUAAAUGUGUCAUUACAAUCAUAAGUGGAUCACCAGAAUGAAGAUGACUAAAAAAAUCAAAUCUCUUAUUAACUCAUUUAGAACAACACAAAAUCAGGGACUACCUAAGUGGACCCCUGGUUUAAUGUUUUUCAUCAAUAUAAAAUUACCUGGUGGAAUUAUUCCUGCUUUAUUGAUUAACUUAAGUAGCUUUUGCUGAAAUUGUGGUUUCACAAAAUCAUAAAAAGAACAGAAAGUAAAAGAAAUGCUAAAACUCUUCGUCACGUCACGGAACAUAUUAUAUUGGUUCCUUUUUAAACAGUCAUUUAAGAGCUGAGGGCAAAAGUCUUUUAAUUUUGUUCCAUAAUGUGUUCAUUUAAAAUAGAACUGUUAUU